UCUAAUACUGCAGAAUACACAUUGGGCGAAACCCAGACCCACUGCCGACUCUCACCACAGUGAACGAGACCCAUCCCAUACGCAGAACACAUUGAUCUUCGAGGAACGAGACCCAUACGUACUGGGCAGCACAACCAGCAAUUCCUAAUCCAAUUCCCACUUCCCAAAUCUCCUGCAAACUAUCUCUUGCUUCGCAGCAUCAGAUUAGAACAAGAACCACCUCUCUUUCGACAGAGCUUCUCAUUCGACAGCCCUCUUGACAUCUCCCCAGAAGCCGCUUCUCGAUCGUACCAUUUCAAGUUUGAUGUAAACCCACCUGCAUUUUCGGGUUCUUCUCCCCAUAAGCAGUAUAGAAAAUUCAAAUUCAAGGGUUGGACAGUAGGAUCUUAUCUUGGAUUCCGACACAAGGUAAAAGGGAAAACCACAAGGCUUGUGCAUAUAAUCCCUGCAUAAGCUUAAGGAAAUGGGAGAAAUUGAAGAUAGCAAGGGGAGGAGAAUGGUCUUUGUAACAGUGGGAACUACACUAUUUGAUGCUCUUGUGAGAGCAGUGGAUACAAAGGAAGUUAAGCAGGAAUUGUUUAGAAAAGGGUAUACCCACCUUCUCAUUCAAAUGGGUCGAGGAUUCUACACUCCCACCAAGUCUGAAGCUGAAGAUGGAUCUGUGAGCGUUGAUUACUUCACUUUUUCAUCAAGUAUUGCAGAUCAUCUAAGAUCAGCAUCUCUUGUCAUCAGCCAUGCUGGGUCUGGGAGUAUAUUUGAGACUUUGCGGCUUAGAAAACCUCUAAUUGUAGUGGUGAAUGAAGAUCUGAUGGACAAUCAUCAAAGUGAACUUGCAGAAGAACUAGCAGAGAGGAAGCAUUUAUAUUGUGCUCGUCCUCAAACACUCCACCAUACAAUCGCAAACAUGGAUUCGGAGUCUCUUCUUCCAUACCCUGCAGGUGAUGCAAACCCUGUUGCCAAGCUUAUAAACAGGUUUCUUGGUUUCCCAGAUGAUUGAUGAAUUCUGCAUAUAUACACAUACCUGUUGACAAUGUUAGAAUCUUGGGGUGAUAAUACCAGAAUGUAACGAAUCUCCCCAAGAAUUUUGUAACUCAAAACUUGGAUGGUAAUAAUUAUGCAUGAUUUGGUUAUCCAACUUAACAA